AACAAAACGAAGUAUUUCAUGUUCCAGUCAUAACACUCGCAAAAGAGCGGGUAUUGCAAGUAUUUUUCAGGUUACAACUUAAUAAACACACGUUCUUAACAGAAAUCUACAUUCUUAUCUAAUAAAAAAAGUGCAUUAUAUUGAUCUGAAGCACAGCUUCAAUUUAAUUUGAGUUUCGCAAAAAAUGAAAUAAAUAUUUAUAUUGAAAUAAUUGUUUUAUUACAAUACAUAAUACACCAAAAUGAUGACCGAUUCAGAAAAAUUUAAUACUGAAGACAUGUGGACACCUUACAAAGAUUUACAACACUUGGUAGAAAGUUAUGUCAAUUCUUCAUGUACUAUCUCAGAUCUACAGUUCUAUGAAUUUAAUGCUGCUCUACGAAAUCAUCGACAAAAUUUUUUGUCGUUGUUGAAAAAUCCAUCUAAAAGUAUGAAAACACGAGAAGAAAUUUUGAAGGGUAACACCAAAGGUUUAACGUUUGGAUUAGGUCAUCAACUGAUUGCAAAAGAAUUAAUCGAUGAAGCUAUAAUAAUAAGUGACAUGUACAAUUUGAACGAAUUAAUGGCUCUUGAUUUGUUAUAUACCGCUCAAAUGCAAAUGCCAAACUACCCAGGAUUUUCAAGAGGUUUGACAGCGAUCUUGCUAUAUUAUGAUGGCAGAAAAGCAAUAACAUCUACAUUGAGAACAUUAAUUCAAGCAAGAUCUGGAUGUACUUGGAUAACAGAUAUUCCUUUGCAGUUAAUGAAGCAAAUAACUGAUUAUACAAAUAACAUGCAAGAAGAUGGGCUAUUAGACAGAGUUUUGUUUUUAUUAGAGGAAAUGGACCCAAUCAAGGAACGAGAUUUGUUACAAAAAAAUAAAGCUUUAGGUGACGCAAAGCAUACAUAUUUGGUUAUGAAGUUAUUUAAUGAUACAAGACAAGAUUUGGCGGAUAUACUAUACAUGUGGUCGGCACAAUCGCAGUUACCAUAUAAUGUGAUGAUGAAAUUAUUGACCAUUUUGCAAAAGUGUUCUCCUGAGUUGGAAGCUGAAAAUGGUUUUCCUGACAAGAUUACGUUAACUUUGAUAGUUGCCUUUUUAUAUUCUAUUAAUGUAAGCGCAUUAAACUUACGAGAAGAUGGUGAAGAUAUUUUGAAGGCAAUGCCUAUUUUGUCAGACCCAGAAGCUCUUGAAAAUAUAAUCGAGCGAUUAAAUAGCUCAAAUGUCAUUUGGGAAAGCGUUGGAUUGAAAGGAUUUAUUCAAUUUGCUUUGUCCCUGACUAUCACUAUAAUAAAAUCAUCGCCAAAUUUAUACGCCUCUGCGAAUUCUAUCAAAGAAGAGGAGGUCCUCUUGGAAGCUGCUUUAUGCAACAAAGCAUUUCAUUUUGCAUCAGAAGUGCUUUUUAAAUGUCAAUAUUUACAUACAGAAGAAUUUUAUAUGCGGCUGAUGCAUAAUUUGAUCACAGACUUUAUUUACCUCAUGCCACUUAAAGUGAAGGAAUUGAGAAGUAGAGCCGAUGAAUCUAUGCGUUUGAUUCAAGCUUAUCAACAAGAAGGCAUAGAACCACCAGUAAAUAUUGAUGAUCAUUUCAAGUAUUUAUUAAUGAUGAUAUCCAAAUUAUAUCAAAAAGAUGUUUUAAACUUACAACUUACGAUGGAUUAUUGGUAUCAACAUUCUGAGUCGUCUCCAAUUACUAAUUCACUUUAUCUUAACCGUUUACCUUCACGACAAGUAGCUCUUUUCAAGUUCAUUCGAUUAGCGGGAGAAGUACUUCCUCCAGGAUUAUUUGUUCCAUAUAUACAUAUGUUAGCUGCUCUGGCAUCAUCGAAUCAAGCUGCAAGACAAGCUUUUAAUUUUCUCAAACCGAAUGGAUCUGCAAGUUUGAAUACCAUUUCCUGGGAUCAUUUUUUCAACUCUUUGAAUCGUUAUCAUUGUAAUCUGAGACAAGAAUUGCCACUUCCACAAGAUACAGUGUACCGCCAAAGAGUAAACCUAAAAGGUAUUACUCCUAAUGAGGUCAAAGGCUUAGAAGCAGUUUUAACAAUAGUUCAAGUGGUUGCAAAGAAUGACGAUUCCUCUAGGAUAGCAUUUUGUGACCAUCCUAGUUGGAAAGUAGUACAAUCAUUAAUUGGAUUGGUGAGUUGUGCUAUGCCAAUCCCACUCAAAGGAGCUUUACUUCAAACAUUAGCUGCUCUUGCCAAAUCAAACGAAAGUUCUUCUGCCAUAUGGUCAAGUUUAGAGGCUGCUCAAAUUAUUACAACAAUACCGACUACGAGUAGUUUUCAACCUAGAGGAGUACAAACUGAAUUGGAAGAAAUUGAAUCUCGCAACGAAGAGUACCCUUUAACUAGAGCUAUGCUUAAAUUACUAAACAUUCUUACGAACUAUCCAAUUCCAAGAUUAUUAGGAGUUGGUCAUAGAAAUCCAGGAUUUGAUCCAUACCUGAAUUUUAUUGUUAAUUGCGUUUUCUUGCAAUAUAACACGCGUUCUUAUAAAAAUCAAGCUGAGAAAUGGAUCGUAGCAAAUCUUUGUUUGAAAAUAAUUACAAAAUUACUCAAAAAUUAUCAACCUAAUGUUGAAGAUCUUGUUGGAUAUAAAGUUGAGGUAAAUGGAGGAGAAGUAACUUGUAUCAAUGCUUUGCCUGGAUAUCAUUUAAUGACACAAAUUCAUUCAAAUAGUGAAUUACUUAGAUUAAUAUUGUCUAUUUUAAACGAAGGAUGCAAUUUAUUUGAUACAUUCGAUAAUUUUGUUGGAAAAAAACAUCUAGAAAAAUGUACGCUACGAGCAUUAGAAGUUUUGGAGUAUGGAUUAAAAAGCCAACAUCAGUUCAUGUUACAAAUUUCAGCUUUAUCAACAUCAAAUCAAAUUAUCACCGGCUUAUCGCGACUUCUCUUAGGAGUAAAUCAACGUACAGGUCAACCUGAUCAUAUGGUGAACAUUACGAAGUACGUGUCUCACAAUAACUGGCUACCUAAUCAUGCUAGUACUGCAAUAAGUAUAUUGCAAAUGGUUUCUAACGAACCAGGAGCCGAUUCAGAACUUUUAUCAACCUUUACUUCGACACCGGCUCUUACAACGUACAUAAGACAUAGCUUUGUUGAGUGCUUAGACGCUGAAAAUGUUACUAAACAUGAAGGAGCGUCUAAAAAUUUGAACAAACCUCAAUACCAAAGUUGUAAAGACAAGAUAAUUUUAAUGUUAAUGCAAAGUAUCAAUCAUCCAGCUCCAAACUUGGCACAUUAUUUCCUAGGGUUUGAAAUUAACAAAGACAUUAAGAAAACUGUCUUGCAACAUCCUGGAGUACUUGGAUAUCCUCGUACUUGUUUACAUUCAAUUAUAGCAAUUUUAGAUGUUUCGUUAGAAAGUGGACGUGACAAAGUAACAGAAGCUUGCUACCGCCUUCUUUACAACCUAGCAUCGAAUGAUAAAACUUCAAUGUCUGUACUCCGUUUUCUACGAACAACCGCAAAUCAAGAUUUUGUUCAUCGGCAUCUCUCUAAAUUACCAUUUCAAGAUUCUAACAGUGAUAAAACAAUCAACUUAAUAUGCAUGUCUUGGCUUCUCAAAAUUGCUGCCAUUGAAUUACGCGUUGGAAAUGGAAGUUCUCAAAAUACUCUAAUUCAACAGCUUGCAGGAGAUUCCAGGUUGGAUCAAGAUAAAUUUUUGCCAUCACAGAAAUUGUUAAUGGACCUUUUACACUAUGUUAACUUUCAACUUGAAUUAGAACCACCUAAAUCAUGGGAAUUUUUUGACCCCGUACAAGUAGAUAUCGUUUUCAGCCGAUGUUUAGUUCCCUUAGAAUUAACAAGUGGUCCAGAAUUAAUUGAUAUUAAAAAAUUACAUGCACUUAUAAACGAGGAGUUGUUGAUAACUCAAAGAAAUGCUACAUCUGCUCAACGGACUAUUAUGCAACAGGAAUUAGAAUCAAUUUUGUUGUUUGCUUUGAAAAGAAAUCAAAGAAAAACAUUGUCUUUUUCAACAGUUAAGUUCGUUGAAGGAUGGUGUCAAAUCACCGAAACAUUAUUUUCUACUGCUACAAAGCAACAAUUAAUUCCUGCUCAAAAGCACAACUUAUUAUUGAAUCUCACCCAUGAUUUGCUUCAAAAAAUGACUUCGUGUGAAGCAUUAAACGAAGUGAAAACACUUGUUUCUGGCACUGUUUUAAUGUUACUCGUACAUUUACGAGUUAAUUCUAUGAAUAACAUUGAAAUGGAGCUCUUGUCUUCUUCACCCACAAAUACGACUAUGAUGAAAGGUAUAUUGGAUAAUAUUCUUCAAUGGAUAAUUAAUUCUGAAGCAUCUUCUCAAAAAGUUCGCACUCAUUUAUAUGGAGCACUUCUUUAUUACCUUUAUAUUGUUAGUCCAAAUCCUCCAAUGAAUUAUAGUUUAAAUACGGAUUCAUUACAUGUAAAUCAAUUGGAUAAUUCUUUACAAAAAUCAUUGUCAACGCAAAGCUGUUCACAAAAAUUAUCAACAAUACAGACUAUAAAUUGUUUCGGUAACAAAUUGAUAGAUAUAAUAUGCCAUAGUUGUUCUGGAGGACAUGAUGUUUGUAAAAUGCUUAGUCUUUCAUGUUUAAACAAAAUAAUUGAAUUUGAUUCUGAUAACAAAUGGACUAUUUACUUAACAAGUCGAGGAUAUUUAAAGCAUAUGAUCGAUAAUUUGUUCGAAUUGAAUAAUCAACUAAGAAUCAUGUUGCAUGAAUUACAAACACUAAGACCUUUGUAUUUAUACGAGGCAAAAAUGUCUAUGUUUCUUCAAAUGGCUGCAACGCGAUUUGGUGCUGAAACUCUCUUGGAAAAUAAUAUCUUAUCAUGUUUUUCCAAUUUGAAUGUCGUUGAUCAACCUCACCUAAAUGACUCUUUAUCAGCCAAUGAAUCUUCCUUUUUACCAUCCAUUGAAGAAAAGUAUCAACAAAUUUUUCUACCGAUGCUUUAUUUGUGCGAUGCAUUACUUACUACCCUUGGGUCGAAAAAUCAAUCGUGUUCAAUUCAAAUAAGUGGAUUUUUACUAAGUCAUAGAGAUGCUGUAGAGAUGGCUCUUCGAAAUGUUUCCGAAAACUCGAGCACUCUUAUCUUAAAUGAAGUUGCUUGUUUAACAGGUGUAAUAGCUCGAUCAUCAUUCAUUGAUGUCUACCAUUUGACUGAUUCAUCAGAUAAUACAUACAAUGAAGAUUCUUCAUCUACAAGUGAUAGCUUAAAAGAACUGAGGGCACACAUUUAUCGAGUCCAAAAGUUAAUGCUUUCUCUUUUACCUCGUUUUCGAAUCAAAGUAGAUGAGCAACAACCUAUUCAAAACUCCUUAUACAUACGCAUAAUUGCUAAUGUUAUCUUAUUUAUAAGAAAUCAAAUGAAUCAUAAUGUAUCAAAUAAGAGGAUGAAAAAUAUGAUUUUUGAGCCAUGCGUUCGAGAACGAAAUAUAAACUUGAAGGAGACAUACAGUUCUAUUCAUUUAGGAGUGUUACUUGAACAUAUAACUUCAGUUUUUGUAUUGAUGGAACAUGAUUUAUCUCAAGUUAAACCAAAUUCAAUGAAAAAUUGUACCGACCUCAGAGAACAUUCCUUUGCUACUGAUCAUUACGGCGAUGUAGAUAAACAAAAACUGAUGGAUCAACAUAAAAAUCUUCGUUUGAAACAUACUAAUCAAAAUACGAAAUACUUAUCGAUCAUUGUGGAAAUGUCCAUGUAUAUCCUGUGGAGUCAUUUGGACUUUUAUGCAACUCAGAUAAUAACCUCAUCUAAAAAUAAUCUUUCAUCAUCAAAUUUAGAUGAUAAUUCUAUUGAAAUCAAAAAAUUGCAUGAGUUGAUACCAGGAUUGAAAAAAGAAGUUUUGACCACCUUCGCAGAUAAUUUUGCUUCGAAGAUUAUUGAUAAUCGUACAGAUUAUGCAAUGGUUGAUAAGAAUUACAUGAAUGCACUUAUUCGAAGGAUAAAACGUCUUGUGCAGUUUAUUUAAAUAAUGAUUAAACUAUAAUUAUCGUGGAUAUAUUUUUAGAAAAUUAAUAAAAAAUUGUAAUAAUUUUA